AAUGAGAAAAGCUGUGAAAUUGCCAUGUGUGCCCAUCCCUUUAAUUAGAAACUACAGCGUCACAUAAAGUCGUUGAGUUAGCUUACAUAGCCAGCACGAAAAACGUAAAAAAGAAAACUACAAAACCUGUAUAGAAUUUUAUGAAGACCAUAUAUCACUACAUAAAUGUAUGCCAUUCAACAGUUUUAAUUCAACACAGCUCAUUUUAUUAAUACGAAAAGCAUGUAUGGCUAAAUGUGAUGUCCUUUUGAGCUCUGUUAGCAUAGAUGUUGCUACGGAAGUAGACAAAGCAGCCUUGUCAAAACUGCACGCAGUCGACUCCCCCUGUCAUUCUGUCAGACGAUUCCUGGUGAGAGGGCAAAGGUUUCCCCAGUCUGUCUGAAGUCACCAUGGCCCGAGUCGAAACGUCCUCCAACAGGCCUUACCACCUGGUUAUCUUCGGAGCCUCCGGUUUCACGGGGCAGUUCGUGGUGGAGGAGGUGGCUCGCACAGUGUCCGAGGGUCCGAAAGGGAACCUGAAGUGGGCCGUGGCGGGCAGGAGCAGACAGAAGCUGGAAAAAGUUCUGGAGCAGGCCGCCGGAGUCCUCAGUAAGCCUGAGCUGAGGACAGAGGUGGAUGUUAUUGUUGCUGAUGUUGGAGAACCAGACUCCCUCGCAGCAAUGUGCAAACAGGCUGUGAUUGUUCUCAACUGUGUCGGGCCUUACAGAUUCUUUGGUGAACCGGUGGUCAAAGCCUGUGUGGAGAAUGGAGCCCACCAUAUUGACAUCUGUGGAGAGCCACAGUUUCUCGAGGGCAUGCAGCUUAACUACAAUGACCAGGCAGCCGAGAAGGGUGUGUUCAUCAUUGGGAGCUGUGGGUUUGACUCCAUUCCUGCAGACAUGGGAGUCCUUUACACCAGGGACCAGUUCAAAGGCACACUGACUGCUGUGGAGAGUUUCCUGACAGUCGGCGCAGGACCUGAUGGGGCAUGCAUCCACGACGGCACCUGGCAGUCAGCCAUCUAUGGUUUCGCCGACGGCCACAAGCUCCAGAGUCUGAGGAGGAAGUUUAAUCACAAGCCUCUGCCCACUGCCGGCUCAAAGCUGAGACGCAGGGGAGCACUGUUCUUCAGCAAUGAGAUCCAGCAGUAUGCCUUACCCUUCAUGGGUUCUGAUCCCUCCGUUGUGAAGCGAACACAGCGUUUCCUGGUGGAGGAGAAUCAAGCCACACCGGUCCAGUAUGGAGCUUAUGCUGGAGUUGGAGGUGUGGGGAACAUCUUCAAGUUGAUGUUUGCUGGAAUGAUGUUCUGGUUCUUAGUCAAGUUCAGUUUUGGACGCAACCUGCUCAUGAAGUACCCAGAGUUCUUCUCCUUUGGAAUGUUUUCAAAGGCUGGACCAACUAGGAAGCAGAUGGAAGCUUCAUCCUUCCAGUUUUCAUUCCAUGGAGAGGGCUACUCAGAGGAUAAGGACCCUUCCCAGGGCAAACCCAAUGCCAAGAUCCGCACUGUGGUUCAGGGACCAGAGUGUGGAUAUGUGGCCACGCCCAUCGCCAUGGUACAGGCCGCCCUAACAAUCCUCAAUGAACCGGCAGCCUUACCCAAAAAGGGGGGAGUUUACACUCCAGGAGCCGCUUUUGCAAGAAGCACACUCAUUGACCGUCUCAACAAACACGGCAUCCAGUUCUCUGUCAUCUAAAGUCGCCCCCUUCCAACAUGCUAGAUCCUAGGGUUUUUGCUAGCACCUACUAAUUUGCAUAGCUUUCAGUGGGGCUUUCCUUCACAAACUUUCUAGACUCCUCUCUGCCUGAAUGUACUCUGAAAUUGGAACCUGUAAUGUGUGUAACUGUAAGGAAAAUGGUUUAUCAGUUCACACUGCACAACAUAAGAUGAAAGAAGAGGAACAAUACACUCAUGUAUUACCUUCAGACCAAAAAUUGGUUUGUAACAUAUAGGAACAUCAUAAGGAACAUCUGACAUAAGCUUUGAUUAAUACAUGCAUACACUGUUCUCUGUAUUAUUUGACUGUGUUUUCUUAAUUUUGCUCAUAUUUGUUAAACAUCUAUAUAGGAGAAUUUUGGGUUUUAUUUUAACAAGUGUUUACAUUUAGGAAUGAUUUCCAAACCUCACAUUCCUGACUUGUACCGUUAUAAGGAAGUGGUGUUAUGGUGUGUGAAGACAUCAGAGUUGCAGCAACACAGUAGGAUUUUUAUUGUUUUGGUUCAGUGGAGUAAUGCCACCAUUGGAAAACAGCUGUGUCUGUGUGUGAUUCUUGUUCUUUAAAGUCUCGAUCGGUUCAUAGUUAGACUACUUAUUUUCAUGAAUGUUCGUUCCUGUUAACUAAAUAUUUGGGUUGCUCGAUUACCCAAACAUUUGUUUCUGAUCCUGUCAAAAAUGCCUGUUGGUUGUGCACCAAACUGCAUGAUUUACUCCAUGAAAGUAAAACGGAACACUCGGCUCUUUAGGAAUCCAGUGAAACCCUCUUUAUGAUCAGAAAAUAGGACCGGAACAUUUUCACAUAGGUGCAGAGCGGGUUUCUUGUUUGAGCGUUGUGCACACGGGUCAGGUUAAGAAGGACUCCGGGGUUUUGCUUCUGUGCGCUUUGCUUUUUGUGAGCCUCAUAAAUAAAACCUAUCCCACAACAU